AUGACUUGGAAUGUCGAGGGAGUCUCCAUUAGACCGACCAGUUCAAAUAAACUUAGUUUAAAGGAUAUAGAAACCAUUAAAGGAGAAACCCCAGCUGGAAUAUCCUUGUAUGAUAUCGUUAAAUGUGUACAGAGAGACUGCACUGUUGAUGAUUGGCUUGUCAUUGAAGUGACGUUAGCCCAAUUUCAAGGAGAUCUUUCAGAAGUAGCCUCCUUGAUCUGUAACCAUCUUGAUAUUAAAGGUCAUACAGAAUGGGAUUGGCUUGAUGUGACUGUCAAUCUCGAAUAUUACCACCCUUUGAGAGUCUUACGUAAUAUUUGUGGCAAGGUUAAUGACGAGGUUAAACAUAAUAUCAUUGUCACAGCGUCCUACCAUAUCAAACCUAACCUUCCAUGGACCUCACCAGUCAAUUGUCAGCUUUCCCAGGAAAUCAUUGACCAAUGUGACCUCAAAAAUUUCGAUUUUGAUGCAUACGUUCAAUUUCAAUUGACUCCAAAUGUCUUGCAAUUAAGCAAGACGGGAACUUCUUACAACUCUGGGAACUCUAAAAUAUCGUCAGUCUCUGGGUACCGGAAAUCUUCCAACUCAUACAAUGGACUUAAUCCAAUUCUAGGCUUCUCACAAUCUUCCUCAGCUGAUGAAGAUCAACGCCAUCAUUGGAGAACUUCUCAACAGAUCAAGUCACUCUCCAUGGUUUGGUGGUACAUACGACAAUGUAGCGACAAAAUGGACCGGACGUGGCCCCUAGUGACAUCUUUCACGUUGAACGUGUUGGAAGACCACAAUGCAUUUAUCAAGGCACAAGGAUGUGAGAUUCUAGACACCUUGAUCAUGUCGUCUCUGGGGAAGCAAAUCCUUAUCAAGAGUGGUCUUUUAGAUCUUUUCAUCGAUGCCACAAAGGUUUGUCUUUCUUACUUGCCGACACUUACCCCGGAAGAUACUUCCUACUAUAUUUUAGAAAGAGCAUACCCAGUAGUUUUAUCAUUGACAGAGUUGAAGAUUAAUUCUGGCACUAUCUCUGAGUCAUCAUCAAUCACCCCGUUCAUCACUGUGGUUAAUGAGAAUAUUCUUGCCUCAAUCCAAAGGAUUCGUGGUGGAGACUCUAAACUUCUCUGUCUCCUAAUCGAACAAUUGAAAAAUAUUAUUAGUGAACAUUUAGGUUAUCAAGUGUUGGCCACCCUUUCUAGAGUGCUAUUUACCAUUAACCAAGUGAUGGUUGACCCCACACUUUUUGACAAAGGUGCCGAGUCUGUGGAGGAUAUCUUACAAUUAUGUUUGGAAAUCCAAACCGUGGUCUUUGAAGAAAUCGCCACCGUUGUAUCCCAUGAAGAUUUGGAAGGAUUAAAAUUGAUCGUGGAGUAUAGAUACGAUUUCCUUGGGGUCUGGUCCAUUGUUUACAAGAGAAUAAGGAGAGAUGAAGCAAAGCAGGAGGAGGUGAUAGAGACCAUUAGACAGAAUUUACAAACUUUAAGAAAUUUUGCAACCAAGACCAAAGUUGAUCUUGAAAAGGAUAUUACAAUGAUAUGUGAGGAUAAUAGAGAUCUCGAAGGGAUAUUUAGGGAAAAGGUCCAAGUGAGAUAG